CGCCCCCUUUUCUUCAGACUUUUUCUAGCUCUUACGGUAGAAUGUCGUCGCGAAAUUUUUCUCGUGGUCCAAGGGACCCACGUGCCGAACACGUUGAUUCUCGCGUCGACUAUUUCGCAAACGGGCGAUUUUAUGAGUUAGACAGUUGGGAUCGUUCCCGUUCAGUUUUUGAUAAUCGCACUCGUUUCCGCUCGGACGACAGGGAGAGAUUUUGUUACCCUAGCUUUCGUGAGAGAUCGCCUUUGAGGCGUCCACGGUACGUCGAUCCGAAUGUUCAGUAUCCGCCUGUUCAGUAUCCGCCUGUUCAGUAUCUUGACGAGGGCGACAUUCGGGGCCCACCGGCUGAUCAAGACUUUUACAUUCGUGAUCCUGCUAGUGCUUAUGACGCUUAUUUCGAGUGUGACUAUGACCCCCGAUCCUACCCGACUCACAGUGAAGCUGAGCCAGAGGAUGAGUAUUACAGUGAUACCCCAAGAGAAGACGACUGGGCUGAGUACGAUCACGCGGGGGCAAUUGAUCGCGGUCGCCCUUGGCGCCCGCAAACUGGCGUUCGUUUUACGACGGAUCAGUCGCCGAUAUCCGUCGAGUUACCGACCCUCUCAGAAGAAGCGCAGUCAGUGGCAGGCCCAUCCAAUGGUAAUCAGGGCUCAGAUCCUAGGCGGGUGGAAGACGUAGUUGCCGUCAUCAACGCUUCGCCUCCACCAGUGGUACCCAAAGCAAUCUGUGAUGAAAUAGCGUCACUUUUAUCCGUCGGCGUUUCAACCGAACAGUCCAAGUUGACUUCAAAAGAAUUCCCACUAGUGUACGAGGUGAGUGACUUCUCACUUAUGCCUCCCAAGCUGGAUGCAUGGAUGAGUCGCCGAUCUAAGGAUAAAGGCGUUUUGAAAGCGGUCAAUGUAAAGGAAGAAGCUUUAAUUAGAACCCAGCUGAAAAUCAUGGACAUCGGUCCCCCUUUGAUUGACCUUUAUGCUCGGCUGGCUAAAAUGGAAGAGGCUACGACAAGUGAUAUGCGCCGCUCGGUCCAGGCGGCCUUGCAGCAGUGGGGUCGUGCUUUUGCCCACGUUUCAAAGAAACGUCGGGAGUCUGUUGUGCAUUUUACGGACCCCAGAGUGGAAUACCUUUUGAAAGACGAUAGCUGCUUUGCUACCGGUAAGGAGGCCCGCGAGCUCCUUUUCACCGGCCGUUUCCUUGAAAAGAUGCUGACCGAAGCGAAUCAAGAUGAGACACUAGCAAGAAGGGACAAAGCGGUGGCUGCCACAGACCGCAGAAAUCCAGUUCGGUCGACCAGACGUGACCAGCUGUUACCUCCGUCAACACGUCAUACUCACUACGGCGGGCACCAAUAUGAACGCGGCAGUAGAGCGAGAGGACGGAGAGGAGGGGGCGAUCCCAGAGGCGGUCGCGGACGCGGGAAUCCCAACCCAAGAAGGUACGAGUUUUUGACCCCCUGUAAUAUUCAAGCGCACCCCAUCGUAUCGAUUAGUCUUAAAGUGGGCGCUCGAUUAAGUGUUUUCGCUGACAAAUGGUCAGAAAUUACCGACGAUCCCUGGGUUUUGAAGACGAUAUCUAACGGCCUUAAGAUCGAUUUUUUGUCAGAACCAUUCCAGCGCUCAUCACCGCGUGAUGUGGUAAUGUCAGACGAGAUGCGAGCUGUUUGCCAGACGGAAAUUGCGAGUUUAUUGAAAAAAGGGGCGGUUAAAGAGAUCACUGACGAGUCGGGGGGUUUCAUUUGUUCUUUCUUUUGUGUACCGAAGAAGGUUGAUGGUUUCAGACCGAUCGUCAAUUUGAAACCACUGAACAAGUUCAUAAAAUACGAACAUUUUAAGAUGGAAAACCUAGAAACCGUUCGUUCUUUGGUCAGGAAGGGGGAUUGGUUCGUUAAAUUAGAUUUAAAGGAUGCGUAUUUAACGGUACCGGUCUACGGUCCCCAGCAGAAGUUUCUUCGCUUUAAAUGGGAAGGGCGUGUUUUUCAAUUUAAAUGUAUGGCAUUUGGUCUCGCGCCCGCCCCAAGAAUUUUCACCAAAAUCCUAAAAGUGGUGGUAGCCUUUUUUAGGAAGCAGGGAAUAAGGCUAGUAGUAUACCUUGACGACUUUUUGGUUAUGAACGAAACCGAGAACGGUACGCGCGCAGAUUUGAAAACCGUACUAGACCUAUUAAAUGCAUUAGGUUUUUUAAUCAAUUGGGACAAAUCCGUCACCGUUCCAACUCAAACGAUUGAAUAUUUGGGAAUGGUAGUUGAUUCCAAUAGAUUGUCUUUCUCACUCCCUUCGGCAAAGGUAGAAGACGUUAAGAAUAUGUGCAGAAAAGCACUGGCGGAUGGCAUAGUUUCGCUACGCACCAUCGCUUCCAUUCUCGGAAAUUUUACGUGGGCCAUCCCGACAAUUCCUUUCGCGCAGUCACAUUAUAGAAGCAUGCAACGCUUUUAUAUCACUGAGUCCCAGAAGGUACGUAACGACCUUAGCGUAAAGCUUACGCUUUCCCCUGGAUCUGUUGCUGACUUGGAGUGGUGGCUUUUCAACCUGGAAAGCUCAAACGGGAAGGAUUUUUUCCCUCGAAGUCCCGAUAUCGAGAUUUUUUCCGACGCCUCGUUAUCCGGCUGGGCGGUUUGCGACGGUGUUACAACACGAGGCCCAUGGACAUCAGAACAAGCGGAUCUCCAUAUUAAUAGCCUCGAGCUCCUUGGAGCUCUAUAUGCGCUGCAAUCAUUUGCAGAAAAAGCCCGAGGUCUUUCCAUUCGAAUGUUUUUGGAUAAUUCCACAGCCGUCUGUUACAUGAACAAGGGGGGGACAAGAUCAAGUGAGCUGACAGCCGUUGCGAAGUCACUGGUUGAAUUUUGUGAGCAAAGAGACCUAAAGAUCGAGGCGGUUCAUCUUCCUGGAGUGAUGAACGUGGAGGCAGAUAGGGAAUCGCGAGCGGCUGGAGAUACAAGCGAUUGGAAGUUGAAACAUUCGGUAUUCAAUGAGCUUCAAUUAAUAUGGCCGGUAGAUAUAGAUCUCUUCAGCUCGCACUGGAACACUCAGCUACCAUUGUUUGUUUCCUGGCGUCCGCAACCAGGCGCCGCCGCCGUUAAUGCCUUUUCGCUAAACUGGCUUAACCAUUCCGGUUAUGCAUUCCCGCCAUUCUCUUUAAUACCUAAAUGUUUGGAGAAGCUCAGGAGGGAAAAGGCUAAUUUACUUAUGAUUUGUCCAGUCUGGCCAUCUCAACCAUGGUUUCCGGUCCUCCUGGAAUUGGCAUGCGACGUCCCGAUCCUUCUUGUUCCUUCUCACGAUCUGCUGAAAUCAGCAACGGGCGAGACGCACCCUCUGUUGUUAACCGGCUCGCUACAGCUAGCCGCUUGGAAAUUAUCCGGCGAUAUUUCCGACGGGAGGGAUUUUCGGAGUCGUUGGUCGAACUUCUCUUGGCCGGUAACCGCACCAAUACGCACUCGACAUACGAGUCGGCUUGGAGAAAUUGGAGCGAUUGGUGUUUUUCAAGGAACGAAAAUCCCUUGUCGGUCCCUCUAG